GAUUCAUGUGAAGAUCCAACAUGGCGGCCAGAAGCGAACAUCUGCACACUGCCGCUGCUUUCUGCGCCUUUUCACUUUUAUUCUGCGCAGUUUCCAGUUUUCCUCUGGCUCCCGAAGGAAAACGACAGACUAAAUGUGGAUACGAGUCAUGUCCUGUGACCAAACCAGGCCUGUUGAACGUGCACCUGGUUCCUCACACUCAUGACGAUGUGGGCUGGCUCAAGACCGUAGACCAAUACUUCUACGGAGACCGCAAUGACAUUCAGCACGCGGGGGUCCAGUACAUCCUGGACUCUGUGGUGGAUCAGCUCCUGAAGAACCCAGACCGCAGGUUCAUCUAUGUGGAGACGUCAUUCUUCUUCAGAUGGUGGAAACAACAAGGAGAAGAAAUGAGGAAUACAGUCAGAAUGCUUGUGAACCAAGGUCGUCUGGAGUUUGUGAAUGGGGGCUGGUGUAUGAGUGAUGAAGCUGCCACACACUACAGUUCAGUGAUCGACCAGAUGACUUUGGGGCUGCGUUUUUUGAAUGAGACGUUUGGGGAGUGUGGAAGACCGCGCGUGGCCUGGCACAUCGACCCCUUCGGACAUGCCCGAGAGCACGCCUCUAUGUUCGCACAGAUGGGAUAUGACGGGCUUUUCUUCGGGCGUGUGGAUUAUCAGGACCGAGACCAGAGACAGAAGAGCCUGGACCAGGAGCUGCUCUGGAGGGCAUCAGACAGCCUCACGCCCCCUAUGGCCGAUCUGUUCACUGGGAUCCUCCCAAAUGGUUAUAACCCUCCUGAGGGCUUCUGUUGGGAUCAGUCGUGUGACGAUGCUCCCAUCAGAGAUGACCCUGAUUUGGAGGACUACAACGUGGACGAUGUGGUGCAGCGUUUCCUCGCCAUCGCACAUGCUCAGGCGAAUGUGUACAAGACGAACCACAUCAUCAUGACCAUGGGCUCAGACUUCCAGUACGAAAACGCAAAUCUAUGGUACAAAAACUUGGACAAACUGAUCCUUUAUGUGAACCGGAGACAGAGCAACGGGAGCAACGUGAACCUGCUGUACUCCACACCCUCCUGUUACCUACAGGAACUGCACCGGGCCAACCAAACCUGGGCAUUAAAGACUGACGACUUCUUCCCAUACGCCGAUGACGCUCACGACUUCUGGACAGGAUACUUCACCAGUCGCCCCGCGCUCAAACGCUACGAGAGGUUCAGCAAUGCACUGCUCCAGACGUGUAACCAGCUGGAGGUUCUGGGGGGACCUGUCUCCAGGAACGGUCCAUUUGGGAAAGGAGACACUCUCACUAUGAGGAAAUCUAUGGCUGUGGCUCAGCACCACGACGCAGUGUCAGGGACCUCCAAACAACAUGUGGCCAAUGACUAUGCUCGAAGACUGGCUACCGGCUGGAACACCUGCCAGGUGGUGGUGAGCAACAGUCUCUCAGCUCUGAGUGGAUCCGCUGCUCCCAGAGUUUACUGUGACCUCCUGAACAUCAGCGUGUGCAGCUUCACUGAGGCCAGCCCUGAGUUCACAGUGACGAUCUUUAACCCUCUGGGCCGCCCCGUGCUGUGGCCAGUCCGACUUCCUGUGAAUGGCACCCAAUAUUCAGUCUCUGGUCCAGAUGGGAACCAUGUGGACAGCCAGGUGGUGCCAGUUUCCGGCUCCACGCACGAUGUGAGGAGGGGGCGUGGCUUCGCUGUGAACGAGCUCGUGUUUGAGGUCCAGGCUCCGCCCCUCGGGUUCAGCUCCUACUAUGUGUCCCAGAGCCAGGAACGGACUGGGACCAAGACCGGACCAGAGAGCAGACCAAAGACCGGACUGACCCAAGGAUCAUUGCAGAUAGAGAACAAGUUUCUCAGAGCCACGUUUGACCCGGACACUGGUCUGUUGACUGGACUCAUGAACCUGGAGACCAAACAGAAAAUUGACUUGACUCAGAACUUCUACUGGUACAAUGCGAGUGACGGAAACAGCAGUGACAGUAACCAACCAUCAGGAGCCUACAUCUUCAGGCCAAACUCCUCCACUCCCUUUGUCAUCAGUAAAACCGCCAAGACUCAACUUAUACAGACCUCUGUGAUGCAGGAGCUGCGUCAGGUCUUCUCUCCCUGGGUCUCUCAGGUGGUGCGGCUGUACUCUGGUAGCCGAGCUUUGGAGCUGGAGUGGACCAUUGGACCUGUGCCCAUAGAUGAUGAUUUGGGUAAAGAGGUGAUCACUCGACUCGAUACCAACAUCAAAUCCGGAGGGGUUUUCUACACAGACUCCAACGGACGCGAGCUGCUCAGGAGGAGGAAAGAUUUCCGUCCGACAUGGGAUCUGAAGCAGUCUGAGCCAAUCGCUGGAAACUACUACCCCAUAAACUCCAGAGCCUUCAUCAUGGAUGAGGAGAACCAGCUGACUGUGGUGACUGACCGUUCUCAGGGAGGGAGCAGCAUCCAAAAUGGCUCCCUGGAAAUCAUGCUGCACAGGCGUCUCUUGUACGAUGAUGUUCGUGGAGUAGCCGAGCCUCUAAAUGAAACCUCAGUGCUGUUUCCCGAUGGUUUGGUCGUCCGAGGGAGUCUGCUCCUGUCUCUGGACCCCCCCAAGAGCGCUGCAGACAAACACCGCCCUCUAGGACAGGAGACUGUACUGCAGCCACUGCUCUCAUUCACCAAAGGGAAACCUGAGGCCAGCGCUGAGCUCACAUUCUCCGGUCUCCAGGCUGCGCUGCCCCCUGCUGUUCACCUGCUCACUCUGUCUCAGUGGGACUCGGACUCAGUGCUGCUCAGGCUGGAGCAUCAGUUCCAAAGCUGGGAGAGUCAAAGCAACUCACAACCUGUGACAAUCAACCUACAGAAGUUGUUUUCCACUCUGACGGUGCUGGGAUUCUCUGAGCUGAAUCUCUCAGCCAAUCAGUGGAAAGAGGACAUGAAGCGAUUUGAUUGGACGCCCAAGACAGAAGAGAAGCCCGUGCAGAAGACGUUUGUGGAUCCUUCAUUUUGGGAGGUGACAUUGAGGCCGAUGGAGAUCCGAACAUUCCUCCUCCGAGUCAGACUCUGAAUUUCUGUCACUGGGGGAAUAUUCUGCACCAGAUUAUUUUAAAGACCCUGUAAACUGCUAAACUAUUUCAGCUCUUAAAACUCUGUACUGUACUAUAGGACUUUUAAGUCAUGUCAUGAUGUUACUUCAUCAGAAACAUACCUGUAGUUUUUUCUUUCAUUCACACAUGUUUGAGUGACCUCUUUUCUAUUAGUCUGUCUACAUCUUAAAAGCUCAAAUUGCUCUGUUCCACCUUGUGAUGUCAUGAAGAAGCUACCUUUUACGUUUUGUUUUGUGGAGUUUGGCAAAUCCAGAUCUGAAAUUAUCCAAGUGAUUCUAGUGAAGGUGUAUGAAGUUUAAAACACAGUGGAGCACUUCCUGUAUUCCUGAACAAAACACAUGAUGAGGAACAUUAGAACAUAGAUCAGAGAAUAGCGUAAUGAGGGCCCUUUAAAGACUUAAGUGGGUUUCAGAGACUUUAAGUAUGGCUGCUCAAUAAGAGAAAAAACAUCCAUGUUUGAUAACUGUGUUUAGUAUGGAAAUAUAGACAACGACUUUAAAGGGUAUUGCACUGUUAAUGUUUCCUCAUCAAAUAUAUAUGUGGCGUUAUGUUUUGUUUUGUUUCGUUCACACAUUUACCACACAAAUCCUGCAUAUUUAGGCUGAGUUCUUCUGUCAAACUAAACACAGGAAGUGCUUCACUGUGUUUUUAAACCUCAUACACAUUCACUAGAGUCAUUUGGAGGAUUUCAGCCAUGGAUUUGCCCAACUUUGAAGUUACAGCUCUUCUUUUAGCCACCUUGAAAUAGCUUUGCUCCUCUAAAAAAAAAAAAAAGCAACAACUUGCAGAUUAAAGCAGUUCAAAUGAGGCUAGAAAUAGCUGUUAGCAUUAAAACUUGAUGACAUCACAAGGUGGAGCAGAGCAUUUUGAGCUGUGGGGAUGCAUACGGCCUAAUAAUCCUUCCUCAAACAUGUGUGAAUGAAACAAAACACAAAUCCAGGUAUGUUUUUGAUGAGUUAAUAGCAUAACAUAAAAGCUCACAGGAGUCACAGGAGUGUAUUAACUGACUAAACUCAUGAAAAGAUCAAAAAGUUAAUAAAAAAGAUGUAAUAUAUUGUGCAGUGAGGUCUAGUCAGGAAAUAAUUCUCUUCUGAACAGACAAAUGUGCCACACUUGCUGUCAAUUCUGUGCAAUAUGUGCCGUCUUGUUUUUCUAACAAUUUUUGUAAAUAUUGAAAUGAUUUUAUACUUUUGAAUAAAUUCUUAAGCUCUU